AUGAAAAAAUCAAGAGGAAUAAUUAAAUUUGGUGUUAUUGGUAGUCUCAACAAAUUAAAUGAAACGUCAGUGUCUCCUGUGAACGAUGGUUCAGGUUUCGGGGUGAUAGACGCCAAAUUGGAUUCUGGUUCUUCAAUUGAAGGAGAAACUUCUCAACAAUCUAAUGACAACUACGAAACUGAAUGCCUAAAUGAAGUAAUGGGUUUUGGAAGCUUUGGGAAAAAGUCUAAACAUUUUGAUGUUGAAAAGCUUGCUGCUCAAGUAUCGGCUGCCGCAAGAGAACGCAGUAAAGCUGUCAAAAUUGUCACUUCACAACUACCACAGAAUGACGCCCAAAAUAUUCAACAUGGAGACAGAUAUAAGAAUGUUCACGAAGAAAAGCAAGAAAAAAGUUCUAGUGAUGAUGAUGACGAUUUUAUAGGACCUCCUGUUCCACCUGAAAUUCUCAUGAGUUUAAGUAGUGGUGUAGGAAAUCAAACAUUAGACUCUAGCAAAGAAAGUGGUGUAAAAGUUGAUAGAAGUGAGAGUGAUGUUAGUGAUGACGAAGGAGAUGACAUAAAAAGUAAAAUCCCUGCUUCCCAUGAAGUAUCAAUGCUGCAUGGCUCAAGGGCUGUUGUAGCUUUGGCUGCAGAUCCUGCGGGUGCACGCUUAGCCACUGGUUCUGUUGAUUAUGAGGUUAGAUUCUGGGACUUUGCAGGGAUGGAUGCUACAAUGCAAAGCUUUCGAACACUCCAACCAUGUGAAAACCAUCCAAUAAAAUGUUUGCAGUAUUCAAUUACAGGAGAUGUAAUUCUUGUAGUUUCUGGCUCUUCUCAAGCUAAAGUUUUAGAUCGUGAUGGAUUUGAAGUGUUAGAAUGUGUAAAAGGUGACCAGUACAUUGCAGAUAUGGCAAGAACUAAAGGGCACACAGCCUCGCUUAACAGUGGUUGUUGGCACCCUCGUCUGAAAGAGGAAUUCUUGACUUGUUCUCAUGAUAGCACAUGCCGUCUAUGGGAUAUGGAGAAACCUAACCAGCACAAAGCUGUAAUCAAAUGUCGAGCUCAAAAUGGACUGAAAACAAUUCCAUCUUCCUGCAGUUACAACAGAAAUGGUAAUCUUAUUGCUGCGGCUUGUGUCGAUGGUUCUAUACAGAUGUGGGACCACAGAAAAAUGUUUGUUAAUACUUCAAUGAUGAUAAGAGGUGCCCAUCAAAAUGGAAGUGAAAUUUCAUCGAUAACUUUUUCAUAUCAUGGAAAUGUAUUAGCAACCCGAGGAUGUGAUGACACCCUGAAAUUAUGGGAUUUAAGGGUAUUCAAGAAACCUCUUCAUGUUGUUGAUGGUUUGUACUCACGUUAUGGCACUACUGAUUGUACAUUUAGUCCAGAUGAUAGCAUCAUUUUCACGGGUGAAUCUGUUAAAAAGGGCCAAGAUACAGGAAGGUUAUUAUUUUAUGAUGUGAAUACUUUUGAGAAGCUCCAUGAGAUACCAGUAACUGACUCUCAUGUUAUUAAAUCAGCCUGGCAUCCAAAACUUAAUCAAAUAUUUGUGGGUUGUGGAAAUGGGACUGUGAAACUCUAUUAUGAUGAAGAAAAGAGUAUGCGAGGUGCAAAACUAUGUGUUGUGAAAACUCGAAGAAAGGUAAAGCAAGUGGAAGUAGUAGCAGCACAACAAAUUCUGACUCCACAUGCCCUCCCUAUGUUCAGACAAGAAAAACCUAAGUCAAUUCGCAAACAGAUGGAACGUGACAGGCAAGAUCCGUUAAAAUCUCGCAGACCUGAUUUGCCUAUAUCAUCUGGACAAGGAGGACGAGUUGCAUCUUCUGGAGGCACCUUGAGUUCUUAUGUCAUUCGUAACCUUGGUCUCAGCAAGAGAGUUGAAGAUGACCAAGAUCCUCGAGAAGCUAUUCUUAGAUUUGCAAAGGAGGCUGCAGAAAAUCCUUAUUGGGUAACUCCUGCGUAUUCUAAAACUCAACCAACUGCCAUUUUCCAGUCAAACGAAACAAAUGACGAUGAACCUUCUGCAAAAAAGCCAAAGGUAUGA